UUCGUUUCAGGAACUCGAACAGUUUCCAAUUUCGCUGUCUCGUCGUUGUCAAGGAAAACGUGUGUUGGAGUCUCAAUCUGCUUCGGCAAAUCGAUUUUCGGUAACUCUUCCACAGGCGGCUGGGGCGGUUCGGGUUUUGAUGCCGGUUCGGUUUUUCGGAUACCGGAGACUCUGAGCCAAAAGACUUCCUUCGUUACAGAGAUCCUCCUUACAAAGGCAGUAAUUGAUCAUACCACCGUCAGCAAUAGCGCAACCGAGUUGUACCGUUGCGGAUUCGCUCUUCGUCACGGACGCCACCAUUGACUCCGAUAUACACCGCUUUUCCAUGGUGAAUGUUACUCCUUCGUUCUGAGUUUGUCUAGUCAGACAGUAUUUCUCAUGGCUGGCGCAAACAGCUGGAGCACUGGUUGA